AUGCGCCUCCACGUCGUUCUUGCCCUCUUCGGGGCCACCUUUGUCGCAAGCUGCAUCACUUGUACCGGUGCCGAUCACUACUUGGCAGAAGACCGUCACGACGAGAGCAUUGACAUCCGCCGUCUUCGUCAAGAAACUACCCGAGCGUAUGAAGAGUCACUGGACGGCGGUCCUUUGUACAAGAAACAAAAGCACGAGGAGCAAUCUUCACGUGAGGCUCCGUCGCCGGCGAAAGUCCCGGGUCGUGUACAGCUCACCGCUGCUCAAACAAAGAAGCUGUAUAAAAAGCUUGCGGCGCUUUCAGGCGACAAGGAAGAAAGGUUCACACUUUUCAAAGUGUUUGGUUGGGCCACACUGAUUGGAGGAGUUGGGGGAGCUAGUGCGUUGAUAUACCAGGCCCUCAAGAAGAGAUCAUCGAUGACGAGCGGUGUGCCGGGUGGAAUGUCGGCCACGGAAAGUGUGUCGGUCUCUGGUUCGGACAGCAUGUCGGGCUCUAGUUCGGGAAGCAUGUCGGGCUCUGGCUUCGAAAGCAUGUCGGGCUCUGGCUUCGAAAGCAUGUCGGGCUCUGCUUUGCGAGAACGACAACAAGCUCAAGAACUACAAGAUCUGUCCGAUGACUGGUAA